GUGCAGGUGGACCACUACACCGGGGUUUACCCCUACUCUUAUACGCGAAAGCAGAAUUACGUUUGAUUGCCUAGCGAGGGAUAGCCGUGAUAAAUGGACAAAAGGUUCAAGUUGAUGCUGUCGAUGACGACAGCCUUGCUUAUCGUCUGCUUCAUCGUACUUGGCAAAUCUCCUUCGUCUAACCAGCACAGUGAGCCUUCCGAGCAAAGCUCACCUAUCAAGGAGCUCUACAGUAACAGUUUACAGAACAAAGACAUCAAGAAACAUGCCCAAGAACAAAAGUACAUCAUGUCGGAUGACAACACUACGAGUCGAGGAGAUGGAAAUUCAUCAUGGAAACAAAAUGAGUUGAAGAAGCUCUCAAAUCUUAUACAGCAGAGACUUCAUUUCGUUCAGAACCCUCCAGAUUGUAGCAAGGCCAAAAAGAUCGUGUGCAACUUUAAAGAGAGAUGCGGCUUCGGUUGCCAGACUCAUCAUUUGUCGUUCUGCAUGAUAAUGGCAUACGGCACUGGGAGAACGCUCAUCCUUGAGUCCAAGGGGUGGGACUAUGCUGAGGAGGGAUGGGAAAAGUUCUUCCGCCCCCUCAGUGAGAAUUGCCUUGAUCGAAAAGGAGAGACCACCGGCAAGUGGACAAGUAGGUAUCCUGGAACAGGACAGUUCAUUGGUACUGCUAAUAAUGAUGAUGAUGAUGAUGAUGAAAAUGAUAAUAAUCAGAAUAAUAAUAAGGAUAAUAAUGAAAACGAUAAUGAUGAUAAGGAUGAUAAUGAUAACAACAACAACAAUAAUAGUAAUAAUAAUAACAAUAAUUGUGAUAAUAUUAAUAAUAAUGAUAACAAUGAAAGUGCUUUGUCGUAACAGGACCCCGUCGUAUAAAGAGUUCAUAUCAAUUGCAACUAUGUACAUACGAGAUAGGAGACAGUUCGUUGGUACUGAUAAAAAAAAA